AAAAAUUGUCUACCUUUUACAAAAUAUUGUUUUCGAUUUAAAUUAAAGCAGAUAAUACAAAAGCGGAGAGAAAAAUCUACGACUUGCCGAUUGAAUACCAAUAAUUUCUCGAGCGGUCGAUAAACGCUAUAACAAUCUAAUAAAAAAAAAAGGAAAAACAAGAAAUGAUUGAGAAAAAAAGUGAUAAAGCGAAACAAGAACCAAAGCAGCCGCGUGAUGAUGGUGUAGAAUUAGAAAAUCAGUUUAUAUUAAGACUGCCCGAGGAGGCAGCCAAGGUGCUGAGGGAGACCUUACAAUCACCAAAUUCUAAUUUAAAAGAUCGCCUUAACAUACAACUAGACAACGAUUUGAGGUACGGGGAAGUACGUUUUGAUCACUGGUUACUACACGCAAAAGUUGUAGAUUUACCCACGAUCAUAGAAUGUUUGAAAACGAUAGACAACAAAACAUUUUACAAAUCUGCUGAUAUAUGCCAAAUGAUGAUUUGUAAAGAAGAGCCUCACGAUUUGGAUAAUAAUGAAUCGCCAAAUAAGGGUAAAAAGAAAGAUCCGAAUAAGGUAGAUAAAAAGUUCUUAUGGGCACACGGGAUUACUCCGCCUUGUAAAAACGUGCGCAAGCGUCGUUUCCGCAAGACGUUAAAAAAGAAAAAUGUAGAGGCUCCAGAAAUCGAAAAAGAAGUUAAACGCUUGCUGCGCAUUGAUAAUGAUGCCGUUAAAGUGGAGUUUGAAAUUAUUAACGAAGAUUUGGAUAAACGCUCGCCAGGGGACCACGGUAAAGAUCGUAAUGAAGCCGAUGAAGAAUUCCCAGACGAUGCUCCCAACGAAAGGGGGAAAGCUAAGAGCGUUUCAUCUUUCCAAAAAGACAUUAAUGUCGAAUCUGAGGGCGAUGAUGAAGAAGCCGCUAACAAUAGGCCGCCCAACGGCGGAGUGGGUGAACAUGAUAUUUUUGGUGAAGAAGUUUCAUCAUCUGACGAUGAGGCAGACGCAACGCGUCGUAAUGAUUCUCAUAUGCGCGAUUUAGAUGAUACAUCACGCCUAUCGGCUGAAGAUUCGCGUAUGUCGGGAUUUUCUUUAAUCGGACGAGGAACACUUGGCGGCAUUGGAGGCAAUAAUGUUAAUUUGAGUGUAGGAGGAGUUAGUCUUAAUAACUCUAAAGAAGAUCUGAAUGAUUACGGAAAAGUCUUAUCUGGUAGUCCUAAGCAAGGAGAUAAUGAUGACUCCAAAUAUUGCGGAUCUACUUCAAAUCUGGGAGGGCCACCUGGUUUCUUUGAGGAACGAAAACGUCCGGAUUCCGAAGAAGAUUCGUCUAUCGACGCACCACAAAUGCGUGCUGAACAGAUACGAGCAAAAAUCAGUGAACUGAGACGUCAUCUUAACGAAAUUAGGGCCCAACAUUCCCAAAAAGCUCAAGAAAUUUCUUCUAUACAAAAUCCGACACUAAGGCAACGCAUGCAAGAGACUCUCGACAAUUUAGCCAGUCAAAUGAUUGAGAAGGAACUAGAGAUUAAAGAUUAUGAAAACAUGCUUUAAGAAGCAAUCUAUAAUAAAGUGAAGAAUUUAACCAAUUGAUAUGGACUCUCGCUAAAGACCCCUACAAGUUCUUACCUUUAUACCUAUACUUUAAUUAAGCAAAUAAAAGAAUAUAUCUCUAUGCCAGCAAAUCGGGGUAAAAUAAA